UGGUUGCAAAGCGAGCGAGAGAAAAAAAGCAAAACAAAAGAAAAAGGGCUGCAACGCGCAAACGGGUUUUUUUAGGUUUCGCAAGGCAAGGGAAGCCCUGCGACGGUGCUCUGCGCGGCGUGUGUGAGAGAGAGAGCGAGAGAAAGAGAGAGAGAGAGAGAGAGCGUAAGGCAACAGCAUGCUACCGACGUACCAGCGUGUGGGAAGCGGAACCGGUGGUAGUGGCGGAGGUCCUUCCGGGGUGUCCACGAGCGCCCUGCUUGGGCGAAGGUCCUUCCGGUCGCGCGAGAAGUGCCUCAUCCUGCUCGUCCUGUCCACCUUCGGGUUCGUCUGUUUCGGGGGCUUUUUCUUCCUGCCGGACAACUUCAGCGCCGAUCGCGUGCUGAAGGCGUACAAGCAGCUGCAGCGGGCUGGGCCCGAGAUUUUCAUCCCUGCACCCCCACCCGCCCACGGUCGCACCGGUGAGGAGGACAUCCACAAGCAGGACGAUCGGGAGAAGCUGCAGGAAAAGAUCCGCAAAGAGCUGCCGGAUGAGUUUCUCGAGAAACCCGCCAUUGGGGGUGACGCUGGUGAGGAGCAACCGGGUGGGGUCGAUGGAGGAGAUGAACCGGAAGCGGGAGAGCGAGAGGGUGGCCUGGGGCCACAAGAACAGGAGCAGGUGGCGGGAGGCCCGGCAGGACCCGCCAUUGAAGGACCGGCUGGUGUCGUGCAACCGCCACAUAACGCCCUGGAAGAGGAACCUCACGAGCUCGAGCUGGAGCAGGAGUUGGCGGAACGGAGGCCACAUGGUGCCCUGCACCCUCCCCAACCAAGUGGGGUCGCUUUCAACGCUUCCGUCGGUGAAGAUCCGGAUCGCGCCGUGCGUGAAAAGCGCAACAAAGUGAAGGAGAUGAUGGUGCACGCCUGGAGCAACUACAAGCUGUACGCCUGGGGCAAGAACGAACUCCGGCCAUUAUCAAAACGUGGCCACAGCAACAGCAUCUUCGGUUCGUUCGAUCUCGGUGCGACGAUCGUCGACGGUCUUGAUACACUCUACCUGAUGGGGUUACACCGGGAGUUUGACGAGGGUCGCGAAUGGGUUGAGCGGAAGUUCACGCUCGAGAACGUCGAUGCGGAUCUGUCGGUGUUUGAGACGAACAUCCGCUUUAUCGGUGGUUUCCUCACGUGUUACGCCUUCACCGGGGACAGGUUGUUCCUUGAGAAGGCACGAUAUGUCGCGGAUAAGCUGCUGCCGGCGUUCCAAACCCCAACCGGCAUCCCGUACGCGCUUGUCAACGUUCGCAAUGGGGUGAGCAAAAACUACGGCUGGGCGAGCGGUGGCAGCAGCAUCCUGUCGGAGUUCGGCACACUGCACCUGGAGUUCGCUUACCUCAGCGACAUCACCGGCGAUUCCGUGUACCGAGAGCGCGUACAGACGAUCCGGGCGGUGUUGAAGGACAUCGAGAAGCCGAAGGGUUUGUACCCGAACUACCUGAACCCAAAGACGGGCAAAUGGGGCCAGCAGCACAUGUCGCUCGGGGCGCUCGGUGACAGUUUCUACGAGUACCUGCUGAAGGCGUGGAUCCAGUCCGGUCACGAGGAUGACGAAGCGCGCGAGAUGUACGAUGAGGCGAUGCAGGCGAUCAUCAAGCACAUGGUGCGGAACUCGCCGAGUGGGUUGACCUACGUGUCGGACAUGAAGUUCGAUCGGCUCGAGCAUAAGAUGGACCAUUUGGCGUGUUUCGCUGGCGGCCUCUUCGGGCUUGGAGGCACCUCACUCAGCAACCAGUACUCGCAGCAGUACAUGGAGAUCGGUGAAGGGCUCACGAACACCUGCCACGAGAGCUACAUCCGCACGUACACCCGGCUGGGGCCGGAGUCGUUCCGCUUCAACGAUGGUGUGGAAGCGAAAGCCCUCAAGGUGCAGGAGAAGUACUACAUCCUGCGGCCAGAAACGUUCGAGAGCUACUUCAUCAUGUGGCGGUUGACGCACGACCAGAAGUACCGUGACUGGGGCUGGGAUGCUGUGCAGGCCCUGGAGAAGCAUUGCCGCACGCCGACGGGCUACACUGGGCUGAAAAACGUCUACCACACCGAACCGGUUAAGGACGACGUUCAGCAGAGUUUCUUCCUCGCCGAAACGCUCAAGUACCUUUAUCUUCUGUUCUCCGACGACUCACUGCUACCGCUGGAUGAUUGGGUGUUCAAUACGGAGGCUCAUCCGUUACCGGUGAAGGAUCGCAAUCCGCUGUAUCGUCCGGCGGCUGGUUCAAGCUCACCGUAAAGUUCUUGGACCCUAGCGUAUGGUGACGUCUGAGCUGGGUAGCCUUACUCCUGGUAGAAAGAGACAGAAAGAGGAGAGAGAGAGAAGAGGGAGAGAGGGAGAUGCGGUUAAUGUGAGAAGAGCCCCCUUUUCUGCGCCCUCUCCGAUCGUGAGCGAUCGUUGGAUUCGGGCCACGAUUUAAAACAAAUCCAAGCUAACCAGGAAAGCUGAAAAGAUAAGAAAAGAGUGUGUGUGUGUGAGAGAGAGAGAAAGCAAGAUUUCGUACCGGUAUCUCAAGGUCGAAGGUGGUGAUGAGAAGAACCAAAGUAAAAAAUUUCACUCCGACCCAAAACUCAAGCAAUAGCCGCAGAAGCACACGGGAACAAGUUCGGGAGGGUCGAUGUGGUGGCCGUGGGCGAUCCUUUUUGCUUCAAGGAUCACGCCCUCCCUCCCUUCCCCUCCCAUUUCCCCCCACGUUUCUCUCAUCAGGAACGGGGCGAAGUACAAGCAGCUGCAUUAUUCACAGUUAACGUGCCAACGGGUGCAGUGAACAGGUGAGGAGUGGAAACCGCUCCCAAGGGAAGGUGCGAAGAGGAAGAAGAAAAAGCCCGCCGCCGUACCGGAGAUAUCCACAUCCGGCGCAACCAAAAGGAAGAUGUAGAGCGAACGAGACGCCGAAAGGAGUAGCUAAUUAGGACGAUGGCGUCAGAUCCGAAUCCCUGUCCGGCACUAAUCACCCGCUCUGGAUUGCGCAAGUGAGGACAGGGAUGUGUAAUAUUUUAAAUCGUUGAUAUUUACGUGCUUUGAUCACGGAACUCUUAGGGAGAAAGGAAGCGCGUGCGAGAGAGAGAGAAGGAUGAGUGAGCGAGUAUGGAAGAGAAGAAGAACCGCAAUUGACCACUAGUAGACUUUCUUGUGUGAUUCCGCCACCGAAAGGAAGGCAAAAGAGCUGCCCGCAAUUGAUAUUUCAAGCAAAGGGGUCCCCGGGAAUGGGAUUGAAGCUAGGUACCGGGUUAUAGCAAAGAAAAGAAAAAAAGAAAUACAAAAAAUAUAUAACAUAAAGAUACAUAGGACUUCUAGGCAUGCGGAAUAUUCGAAACCGAACAAGCAGCAGACGAAGAAUAGUGGCACCGUCUUCUUGGCACAUUGUUCCACUCAAGCGUACACCUGCACCGGUAGCACUAGUGAAUUAGAAAGUAGCCAAAUGAAAGAAAGCAGAUAGAUAAAGCGAAGCAACAGCAGUAACAACAACAGCAACAACAAAAUAGAAACUAACAAACCAGAUGCACUCAACUCGCCUAGGAUCAGAUAGUGACUUAUAGUGAUAGAUAGCUAGCGUGGGAGGGAUCUUAGGGAGCUCGGGGAAGAGGUGUACGCAGGGCCGGUAAUGGUAGAGGGAGCGCACACACUUUGCUGUCCUCGAAGGGAACUGUAUUCACAUAUUUAUGUUGCAUUUUAUCUCUGUUACGAUCUACCCGCCCUGCUGUGGCUUCGAUUAGUCCAGAUUCGAGAGAAACCGAGUGGAUCUAGGACAUACCCUUUCCGUUUGGGGGUGUGGUGUCCGUGUUCAACCCACACUGGCCAUGCUGGCCCUUCGUGCUCUCUCAAAGCCUAAGAUGGAGCGGUUCGCCACAGACCGGUAACUUCUUCCGGAAGUCUCGAGAUAAAGCGCCACGUGCUGUGAUCGGUGGAUCAAUCGCAUCCUUAAAGGGGGGAUGACCGUUUUUAUUUGUUUUAUUUUUCUUAUCCCCUUUUUGUGGCCCAUGGUUCAGCGUGCCGAUUCCCAGGACACGAUCGGAUCAGAAUUGUACAUAGUUUUUCCUUGUUUUUUUGCGAUUUGUCUCCCCCGAUCCUUUUCCAUUCGCUCGUUGGCGGCAUCUCAAAUCGCUGUCCGGGUGUUGUGCUCCUUCUACAGGUGAUGGGAGAGUGCAAGUGAAGGUGGGGACGAUCGUUGCCUAAGGCCAACGAUGGAAACUUCCGAUCGGGAGCAAGCCAGCGUAGGAAGCAGCAAAGGCAAAGUGAACCGAAGCGAAUUAAGCAACAACAAAAAGUCUAUUUACCGCUUACGAAUUAUCGCUACAAUACCGAAACGAUACCGCUGUUAGAAGUAAUAGAAAUAUCUAUAUACAUUUAAACAUAUAUACAUAGACUAUAUGUAGUAUAUAUGUAUAUAAUUUAUAUAUAUACUAUAUAUACACUUAGCUACGCUCAUUACGCUCUUAUACAUCUUAACGAUAAUUAACUAAGUACGUAACAAAUGAGAAAAGAGAAAAAAAAUGAUAUAGGAUAGUUCGAAGGAUACUGUUGGUUCAAUCGUUAGUAGCAAAAUGGGGAAAAAUAAAUUAAUUACUUGAGGUGCGGCGGUCAGAAAAAUGACUGUGUAAAGGACGCGAGCGGGAGAAAAGGACGAAAAAAAUCAGACACACAAACACAGGCACACAUACAACCAAACGAAGGUAUAUCGGGAAGUGGUAGCUUUAGUGAAAUGUACGAAGAAUGUAAACGAAUUAGAUCAAGCAAAACAAAAAUGCAAACACCACCAGACAAAACGAGCCUCUCGCAUGCAGCACGGUGCUGAAGGGGUCCAAAUCCUUGCUCCUUUCGAUUACUGUUCUAAUUGUGAAGGGAUGUUACUAAACACACACGAUACAGCUACGGGAGGAGAUCCGUUCUAUGGAGGCGUUGGAACGUAGACAUUCAAGAUCCGAUCGCUAAAGCUGACGGAAGUGGGUAGCUUACGGCAAAAGAGGGAAAUGUUAGGGGUAGAAAAAAUACGCAUAUUCAAUCAUACACACAGACAAACAGCUACACACAAACACGAGCAGUGUGAGUCGAAUUGUAAUAAAAAGAAAUGAAAAUCUUCCUCGUUUUAA